GCGGGUAUACAAUCCUAGAGCUAUCGACCCCGUACGCUAACCGUCACAAUAACAUUAGAUAUAUAAUUAUACUGUAUACCUACCUAGUGUUUAGUUUACGGUGCACAUUACAUAUUAAUAUUAUAAUAUCCAUCAACAAUUAUUAUUUUUUUAUUAUUUUUUGUCACCAUGUUUAAAUACAACCAGGGCAGAGAUCGAUUCGUGCCCGAUCGACAUCGGAGCCCGUAUUCGUUUUAUUCUGUACACCACAUCGCCGAAAAUCACCAAUACGAUUGUGUCUCCAACUACAGCUUUGAUGAACCCGGAAGUACCGAUUUCCUGGAGCCUUUCGAGUGCGAACGGCAGCAAGAGCAGCAACACAGAUCUUUCCGCCAACUUCAGUCGUAUAUGUCACUGGAUUCCAUUGGCGGACACCUGUUGCGGGACGUAUUGAACAAGCGCAAACAUGGUACAGACGAGGCAGACCUAAUGACUAUAUACCGCGACGCCAACAUGACGUGGCCCAUUCGGAUGGUUUGCCAGAGACGUUUGGCCCGGAAGUUCAACCAUGCCACCAGCAAAUCACUAGUAGCAGAUCUGCUGUUGGACAUGCCGAAUCUGUCCAACGACUGGAUGACCAAGAUACUUGAUUGGAGUUCGACGGGCUACUUGACGGCGGCCAUUCAAUCGUCAAUACACUUGUGGUCGUGCCACACACAGAGCGUCCAGUACACGAUCGCCGCGGUGGAUGCGCACGGCCCGACGCAGACCGACGGCGGCGCGACGAAGACCACCAUCGGCUGUCUGAAAUGGGACGCGCAGGGAGAAAAACUGGGAUAUUCGUUCACUGUGGAUCGAGGUGAAGACUCGUCGUUCGAUUCAUCGGGUGAUUCGUGGGGUGACGGAGGUCUCGGCGACUCGUCGCUCUUAGAACGAAUAAACGCGUUCGCGGCACGCGAUCGGCGAUUCUCAUCGGAUCUGGACGACCCGGACGCGACGUACCGAUCUCCGGCCAUAAAUACGUCUGUAGACGAUACGUACCAGCUAUCACGGCGAAACAAUAACGCGAUGAAGAGCACUGGACACAUAAAGGUUUGGUUAUUGAACGCACCGAACGACAAAUCAAAUAAUGAACAAAAUACAUCAAGUUGUGGUUGUGUAACUGAUGACACUUGCCAAUGGCUCUACGGAUGCAGAAUUAUUGUCAUGGAUUGGUUGGCCAACGGUCAUGUUUUAGUGACGGGAUGCACGAGGGCCACAGUGACAUUUUUCCGGUACGAUUUCGCCCAAAAGAAAUUGAUCACUACGCGCAUCAUACACAGGAUAGAAAAAUAUUCGGUAAUUAGCUGCCUGCACGUGUCACAGGACAAAUGGAGUCGUCACUUGGCCGUGGCCACUCAUUCGCAACAGGCGUGCGUAUUGAAAGUUUGGCGCAUCGAAGACCCGCUGGAGUUGUGCCCACACUACGAUCAGCGCUUCGAUUCGAGUAUCAACGUGACCGAAACCUUAACCGACCGUUACGACAGUAAACAGAAUGGCCGCGCUAAAUGGCUGAUAAAGGCCUUCGCUUGGCACCCGUGGAAGCACGCUCUGAUGUGUUACGCUGUCACAGCGGUCCCACAGGACGGUGCACAGAUGUACAUCAAUCGCAAGUGUCCGUCGUGGUUUGUGUUGGCGAACGCUUGCAAAGGACAAGUGUUGAAGCGCGUCGAACAGACCGCAAGCAACUGCUGCCCGACGGUGGACAUAAUGCACGUCAACACGCACUCGAUGACGUUCAGCCGACUGACCGGCGAACUUCUGUUGUCGGCCACGACCGUGUACAAUAUCAGAUACAAUGCAUAUUCCGCUCCCGUUUUAGUAGAAAAAAACAGCGUCGUGGUGAUGCACGCCCUGGAUCGAAUCGUCGAGACAUUGAGCAGUAGCCAUACGGAUAGAGGACUGUUUUUCGCAUGGAGUCCGGACGGAAAACGUAUAGCUUUGACGAGUUCCGACGAAUCGUUGAGAAUAUGGAACUUCUGGCCAUCCAGUAAUGUCCAAAAAACAUCCAAUAAUUGUCCGCCGCACGUUUACACGACGAAUGCGACUUACGCGGUUACUUCGGCCCAUUUCGCGGAGGAUGGAGACUUAAGUAACAGCAAUUACAGACUUUUACACAAUCAGAGCUCGCAAAAUAGCCAAUCAGCCAUGUCCGAGCUAUCUUUUGAUGCGGCUCGCAUAAUAAAAUGAUCGCCAGUAAGACGUGCGUUAUGUUGAAUUUACGUCACUGAACGGGCGUGACAAUAAUAAUUUACCUAGCAUUUAUAAAAGUUUUUCGAGUCAAAUUAAUAAAAAAAAAACUAUCAGAGUUACGUACUAACAGUUAACCAUUACAUUUGACCCAAGGUUAAAUGCCUACUUAACUUGGGAUCAUUUAUGUGCCUAUAUCAUAACAAAUUAUAAUUUUAUCGUUGGUUUCUUAUCUUUCCCUAUACAUAGAUAUUAUAUAUAUAUUACUACUACGAUUUCCGUAAUCUUUGAUUCUAUCUUUCUUUUUUUAGUAAUUAUUUUAAAUUUGUACGUGUUUGUUCACCGUAGGCACAUUUUUCUCAGUUUGUAUAAAUAUGAUUUUAAUUUUGUAUUUUUAUAUUUUUUUAUUACUUAUUAUUGUUGAACAUAUAAUUACCAUUAUCAUUAGUAUUGUGUUUGGGUGGUAUUUAAAAUUUGCAACUACUGUACAAUUUAAUUUUUACACAACGUGCAUUAUAUAUUAUAUAGUACGUCUUACUAUUUAUUAUUAUUAUUAUUAUUAUAUUAAGUUUAUUGCAGUGUAGAAUAGCACUAAUGGC